AUGGCGCUUUGCACUUUUCAGGUGUCUGAGAAGAUCAAGGGGGAUAUGGCUGUGCUGAAGGAGCGAAUUGCCAAGCUGCGGGAAUACCAUGCCAAGGCGCUCCUGGUCAGCUUUGACUCGAGCGCCAGCGGCGCCAGCGGCCACGUCGACGCGCUGACCCAGGAGGUGCAGCUGUCCUUCAAGCGGCUGGACGGGGAGAUACGCGCAAUGCAGCAGCAGGCGGGCGGCCGCGAGGACGACGCGGGUGUGCGGCUGCAGGUGCAGCGGCAGCUGGCGCAGGCGCUGUUCAAGCUCAGCGUGGAGUUCAGGAAGCAGGAGACGCGGUUUCUGAACAAGAUUGAGGCGCAGAAGGGGUACGAGCAGGGCAGCAGCAUUGGCCUCAUUGUGGAGGAAGGCCCCGCCGGCGCGGCCGCGGAGGCAGACCCUGGGUUCACGCAGGCACAGCUGGUCAAGGUGUCGCAGGCGGAGGCGCUGAUCGAGGAGAGGGACACGGAGAUCAGAAAGGUGGUCGAAACCAUCGUGGAGCUGGCGCAGAUCAUGCGCGAUCUGAGUACGCUGGUGGUGGAGCAGGGCACCAUGCUGGACCGUAUAGACCACAACAUUGUGGAGACAGCCAUGAAGGUGGAGGAGGGGGUCAAGGAGCUGGUCAAGGCGGAAAAGACCCAAAAGUCCGGCCGCGCCAUGAUGUGCAUCGUCAUGCUGUGCGUGCUGAUCGCCAUAUUCCUGAUCAUCACCAUUGUGCGGCAUGCAUGA